AUCGUCUACGCAGGAGGAACUCGAUAUCUUUCACGCAGCUCAGCCUCGCACUGUACAGUUGUUGUUUGAUUGCUACGUCUAGCAGAUUUCCACGUCUGCUCCUGCCUUUUGUGCCUUUUCUUGUAUCAUGAUGAUGAUUCUUCCCACCGCCGAGCUUACAAUGUACGGAAUGCCUUCCUCAGUAAGCGUAGCUGCCGUCAGAGAAGGUGUUGCCUAUGACGCGUUGGCAACCUCGUCACCUCAAUCAUAUCAUGCUGUAUGCGUGAUGCCGACUACCUCUUGCUCCUUCCCUAGUGUACCUACCCAGUGUGUUGCUUCUUUCUUGCUCCUUCCUCGACGUUGCUUCCCUCUCCUAUCAAGGAAGGACGCCCACCCACCCAAGUUUCCACUCCUUAAAUAUGCUGCUCUCCCUCUUCUUCCUCGAUUCUUCUUCUUCAUUCUUCCAUAUCAUCCUGCUCAACCCAAGCCGUCUUCGAAUGCCCUCCAUCACCUGCAUUGGUUCAUGGCCAUACAAUCCUCCAGUCUUCCACAUCUUUCCCUCAUCAUCUCGAUCAUCAUCUCGAUCAUGUCCAUCAUGUCCAUCAUCUCCACCAUCAACAUCAUCAUCGUCACCUCCAUCACCUCCAUCAAUACCACUUGCAUCAUCAACAACAACGACAACUUGCCUCAUUCCACUUACCCUUGAGGUAUGACUAGUACGCCAUCCACGAUGUCUUCACCAUAGACUGCUCCAACAGUCAGCCCAGAUCCCACGGCCUCUUUGUACGCCCCACGUGGACGAGUCUCCUCAUGUCUCGAGGUUCC